CUUACAGUAUUGAUGCAACAUCAAAAGGCUAAGCAUUUCAAAUGCAAUAUGUGCCCACGAAGACUCAAUACCGCGGGAGGAUUGGCGGUGCACAUUCAGCAGGUACACAAACUGGAGCCCGAAAACCUACCUCGAAUUGAGAACGCCAUGCCGGGAAGAGAUGGCUAUGAGGUGGAGAUAUUUGGGAUGGAGGGCAUACCUGCGCCCGAUGUGGCUGAUUACAAGCGGCGAAAAGAGAUUGAACUUGGACUGGCGGCUGGCUCCAUCUCCCAACCUCCAGCCAAGAGACCCAAGACAGAGAAUCGUCCGAUGUCAGAGGAAGAGCUGAAAGCCGCUCUAGAGGCUCACAAAGCGUUAAUGGGCGCUGGAUCCAAUGAGCCGGCACUAGCCCCAGCGGAUUCUAGUUCAGGUGGUGUCUACGGCGCGCCGCCUCAGGCAUAUGCCGCCGCUCCUACGGUUGCCCCUCCCGUGCCACCUGUUGGAAUGCCUCCCGGUGCCCCUCCAUUCCUGCCACCUGGUGUUCCCGGCAUGAUGCCAGGUCAACCGCCAUUUCCACCGCCGUUCCCAAUGCCCGGCUUCCCUCCUGGGUGA